CUGUCAUCCAACAUGGCAGUGUCACUUACCAUCUUCGGCCCUCAGAGCUGUGCCCCGUCAGAAACCUAUCUAGACUCCGUUCGAUCAUUCAUACUGGGUCACCCCAUCCUUGGGUGCAUAUCGCAAAAUAUCCACGCUCUCAACGACGUUUGGUCCCUCCUAGCAAAUGAAAACCCCGACAUUGCGGCCCUCAGCAAUGGACAAAGAUAUACGAACAUCCUCACUCAAUGGCUCACCGACGGGUACUCGGAGCUUGCGGCCUCCACCUCCUCAGGAAUCGUGGCUCUUCCUCGUCUGGCCAUCAUCCAGUUCACCCAGUAUUUCCAGUUCCUAGACAACCAGGGUAUCACACAUGCUGAGUUAGUUUCUCAGGUGCGUGAUCUGGGGGGUAUUCAGGGUUAUUGUGGAGGACUCCCAGCCGCCGUCGCGCUCGCAUGCGCCAGAAGCGAGCAAGAGCUAGCCCAGUCCAUCUGCAUUGCUAUCCGUCUUGCUUUUGCGAUUGGGCUUUACGCGGAGCUUGGCGAUGAUUCAGAUAUUCCUGGAAUAACGACGGCCGUAGUCAGGUUGAAGAGAGAAGGACAAGCUGAAGAGCUAGUCCGCAUGUUUCCACAUACCUAUAUAUCGGCUAUUAACGAUCCCAAGUCGGUCAGCGUGGUUGGCCCAAUCAAGCAGUUGGCAGAGUUGCAAGCCUAUGCCACCCGGCAGGGCUUGCUGGUCCGCGGCAUGGGCAUCCGAGGCAAGACACACAAUCCGGAGAACAAGAGCCUAGCUGCCGAACUCUCCGCGUUGUGUGAAGCAUCUGAUCUGCUUCGCCUUCCUGAGCCGAGUUUGCUGCAGGCUGCCGUGCGAUCAAACCGAACCGGUGCCAUUCUCAAUGAAGGCCCCUGGACCAAGGAGAUUGUCGAAACCAUUCUCGCUUCGAAGUGCGAGUGGUACGAGCUACUCUGCAACAUCGCCUCGGAUCUGAAGAAGACGGGUAUUGAGGAACAUAGAAUCGUCUCCUUCGGGAUCGGAGACUGCGUGUCCCUGAUGCCGUUCAACAAGCUGGGCCUUCAGAUGACCAAGACAGACUGGAGCGGGCAAAACAAAGAGGCGCCCAAAACUCCAGUCGGGAGGCUGCUCAACGGUCAUUCCUACUUGUUUCCCGAAAAUGCCGUUGCCGUGAUUGGCGCUUCGGCCCGCUUGCCUGGUGCACGCAAUAUGCACGAAUUGUGGGAGCUCCUCUCCAAGGGUGAGGAUAGACACGAAGAGUUGGGGUCCGACCGCUUCGAUCUGUACGGCGGCUUUCGGGCCUCCCAGAGCGGCAGUUUCACAAAGAAUCGCAAAUUUUACGGCAACUUCGUCGACGGCGUGGAUAGAUUUGACAACGCCUUCUUCGGCAUCAACGCACGUGAGAUGCUCAACAUGGACCCUCAACAACGCAUGUUGCUGGAGCUAUCUUACGAGGCCAUGGAAUGCAGCGGUUACACCCGAUUCCACGUGAGAUCGCGCGGAGAUCCCGUAGGGUGCUUCAUCGGCGCCAGUUUCGUGGAGUAUCUAGACAACACAAAUGCCCACCCCCCUACGGCUUACACAUCGACCGGGACGAUCCGCGCGUUCCUGUGUGGCAGGCUGAGCUACUACUUUGGGUGGUCUGGUCCGGCUGAGGUCAUCGAUACUGCUUGCUCCUCGUCCCUAGUUGCCAUUAACCGGGCCGUCAAGUCCAUACAAGCCGGCGAGUGCUCCAUGGCUCUCACCGGCGGCGUCAACCUGAUGACUGGGGUGAACAAUUUUUUGGACCUAGCAAAAGCCGGAUUCCUCAGCCCUACGGGGCAAUGCAAACCCUUUGACAAGAACGCGGACGGGUACUGCCGAGCUGAGGGCGCCGGGCUCGUUGUGCUAAAGCCCCUGAAGCAGGCUGAGCUAGACGGCGACCGCAUCAUGGGUGUCAUCGUUGGCGCUGCUACAAACCAGGGUGGCCUUUCCAACGGCCUCACUGUUCCGUCCUCGGAUGCGCAGAUCAAGUUGUACCAGUCAGUGCUCGAGCAAGCCAACAUGAGCCCUGACCAAGUUACUUACGUCGAAGCCCACGGCACCGGUACGCAGGCGGGCGACCCCUUGGAGAUUGCCAGCGUUCGAUCUGUAUUUGGCAGCCCCAAGAGGACCACUGAGGUGCAAAUCGGCUCUAUCAAGGGGAACAUUGGCCAUUGUGAAACUGCUGCCGGCGUUGCCGGUCUCUUGAAGACUAUCUGCAUGCUUGAGCACCAAGCAAUACCACCUCAGGCAAGCCACAAAGUCUGGAACCCCAAGAUACCAGCCCUCUCCCAGGACCGAAUGGCGAUCUCGACCAGCCUUAGAGAGUGGGACGCACCAAUUCGCGCCGCACUAGUUAAUUCCUACGGUGCCGCCGGCUCGAAUGCCGCACUUAUCUGCUGCGAAGGCCCCAAACCAUCACAGACACUGCAACAUGAGUCUCCCAUGCAGGUUGGCGCAAAGUGGCCUAUAAUUCUGAGUGCACAGUCGGAAAGUAGCUUGAAAAGAUACAAAGACUCACUGGUCGAUUACCUCACAAAGGCGACGCCUCAACCCCCCAUCUCUGACGUUGCCGCAACGUUGGAUGAGAAACGGCGGCGUCAUAAGCUCUACGUUGUAUUUGAAGCAAGCAACACUCGAGAGCUUAUCGAACAUUUAACUGUUGAUGGCUCCCAAAAGCCACCGCUCGAGAGAGGUACUCCCUGUCCUGUGGUUCUCACAUUUGGUGGCCAGAGUAAGCAGACUGUCGGCCUCGACAAGUCUUUCUACGAGUACUUCAUCACCUUCAGAACUACGCUCAACAUGUGUGAUGAUAUUCUUCAAGAGCUCGGAUACUUGCCUAUCCUACCAGCAGUUUUUGACACUACUAACAUCCCAGACAUUGUCGUCCUGCAGACGGGCUUUGUGGCUGUCCAGUACGCCGCCGCUACAACGUGGAUAAGCGCUGGCCUGAAAGUUGACGCCGUUAUCGGACACAGCCUCGGUGAGUUGACGGCAUUGGCCGUAAGCGGAAAGUUGUCUAUCAGGGACUGUCUCAAGCUCGUGGCAGCUCGUGCCAACUUGAUGAAGACCAAAUGGGGCCAUGAUAAGGGCUCCAUGCUGGCUGUCUUUUCCAGCCGAGAUGUCGUAGCAGACAUCCUUGCCGGCAGCAAGCUCGAAGUGGCCUGCUACAACUCGGACAAAAGCCAAGUAGUCACCGGAGAACGCGGUGCUAUUGCAGAUCUUGAACGCCGUCUCUCAUCAAAAUCACCGCCAGUCAAAUGUUUGAAGGUCGAUACCAGCCACGGCUUCCACUCCCACCUUGUCGACCCUAUCCUCGACGACCUCGCCCAAGUUGCGGCCUCACUUGAGUGGAAAGAGCCGGCUAUUCCCAUCGAGUUUUGCACUGAGAGACCAGCGGACACAAACAGCCCAUAUAGUCCAUCCGACCACGCGCGCAACGCCGUUUUCUUGGUUGAAGCUAUGCGGCGCCUGGAGCAGACCCUCGGACGCUGCGUCUUCCUCGAGGCCGGCAUGAACACGGCUAUAAUGUCCAUGGCGAAAAGGGCCGUUGCGCAGCCGGACAUCCACAGUUUCAUCGCUUUGUCAACUAAGGAUGCGGAGGAUCCCGCAAACGUCAUCUCACGCACCGUUUGCUCCCUAUGGUGCUCAUCCGUUGAAGUUACGCACUGGCCUCUGGUGCAGCCGGACUGUAAUACGAACUAUGUGUGGCUCCCUCCGUACCAGUUCGAUCCUACGUCCGCCUGGCUUGAUAAUGUGGACAGAGCUGCAGUUCUUCAAUCCCAGCUGAACCAACGCGUCGAGCCUGAAGUGAAUCAAGCUAGGCCAAUGGUUACGCUGCUUCCUGAGCUCGAAAACUCUAGGAACAACGCGGAGCGUUUCCGUGUGUCCGUCGAGGGUCAUCGUUUCAGGGGCAUUGUCGCCGGCCAUGCUGUUCGAAACCGUCCUCUGUGUCCCGCGUCUGUGUACCUCGAGUGUGUCACCAUGGCCCUGAGUAUUGUGGCUGGAGAUUUGAAAGACUCAUAUCUCGACUUCCAAGGCCUUGACAUACAAGCCCCAUUGGGCAUAGGAGCUGAGAUUGUCGAAGUCGUUCUGGAAAAAGCGAGCACCCACAGCUGUUGGGGCUUCAAGGUCGUUAGCCGUGACCGCAAGGAGACGUUGCAUGCUAGAGGCCGCGUAACCAAAUCUUCAGAGUCAAAACUAGAGACCAUUGCCCGCCUUUUGGGCAAGCGCAUGGACUCCCUUGCAGACAAUGCCGAUGCCGAGCGGAUGCUGUCGAGACGUGCCUACAGCCUCUUCUCCAGGGUCGUCACAUACGCAACGUUUCUCGAAGGCAUUUCUAGCAUUACCAUGAGCGGCGCCGAAGCCGUUGCUAAAAUUGUCACUCCUCCUGGUCAGCCUGGCGUCGAUGAGAGCACCGCCGUUCAUAUCUGCGACUCGGUGACCCUGGACAACUUCAUUCAAAUAGUCGGUUUGCUGAUGAACACCAGCGAUAUGAUUGGCAACGGCGAGGUCAUGGUUUGUACUGGAGUCGACAGCUCCAUGAUCGCGAAGGGUGUCAACAUGGUGGAUUGUCGAUCUUGGAAGGUCCAUGCUUCAUACACUCCGUCUGGUCCCAGUCAGGCCAUUGGCGAUGUUUUCGCCUUUUCGGAAGACGACUCCGUGGUGGCCGCCUUCACUGGAUGUCGCUUCGCCAAGCUCGAAAUAACGCGCCUCGAGCGAUUGUUGGACCCGGUGAACCAAGUUGCUGGCAGCAAGCCCCCCGAACCCAAAGUCCAACACCACUCUGUGCCGCCCCCUCCCCCAGCCCAGCUAGACAUAAAUCCUGGUAUGACGCCCGACAUCAGCAGCAGCCCAUCCAGUGAUGGGAAACCGUCCUCUCCGCCGAUUGAAAAUACCCUUCGUCAAACUCUGGAGACGUACACCGGCGUGGCGGCUGUAAGCAUCCUGGACGACACCAUACUUGGGGACCUCGGGCUCGACUCCCUCGCCGCGACUGAGAUGGCUGAAGAAUUACAGUCUUCUAAUCAAAUAUCCAUAGACAGCCAGGAACUUGUGUAUAUGUCGGUCAAGCAGCUGGAGCAAAAAAUCUACGGCUCUUCCGCAGGUAAGGUUGUGCCAACAUUGAUAGCCCAAGUGUCUACAAACGGAGUCAACGGGGCAAUGACUAGCACUCAUUUAAAUGGAGCCGGUGAUAUUGACAAAGUUGGCUCAGUACUGGGACCCAAGCUGUCAGAGCUGCUAGUCGAAGUGACUGGUGUUACUAUCUCCGCAAUCAAGCCCCAAAUGACACUGGAUUCGCUCGGGGUCGACUCCCUCGCCCUGACCGAGAUCGUGUCAGCCCUGUCAGAGCUCUGCUCGUCCCCACCCAAUACGGAUGAUAUAUCCCCUCAAUCCACUAUCAACGAUAUUCUACAGACUCUGGGAGCGAUGGGAGACCACAGCAGCACCGACAGCAGCGAUGGUGGGGCCACCGGUAGCGCGGACUCCGAGGAGACGAGCUUCUCUUCACCCAGCUCAAAGAUGGAAAACAACGAAGCAUGCAUGAGGACGGACCCGGCUACGGGGUUGCUUCGUUGUGAAGCCGAAUUUGAGAGGGCGGCAGCCAGUAGGGGGUUCCAAAACUACUGGGCAGAAGUGGCUAUGAAACAAGACGCCCUAACACUCGCCUACAUCUUCGAGGCCUUCCAAAAGCUCGGGAUCAACUUUGCCUCCAUGAAGGAAGGGGACAGAGUACCACAGAUCAAAUACCUGCCCAAGCACCGUCAUUUGUUCCAGCGUCUGCGGGGCAUCUUGAUGAAGCACGACAUAAUCAAGCAAGAAGACGGAAACAUCAUGACCCGUGGAAACAAGACGGCGUCGACUAAGCUCUCUUCCCAACUUCACGAAGAGUUCAUUCAUCAGUAUCCGAAGUAUGCAAUUGAAGCCCGCCUGAUGAAUCUCACGGGGCCCAAGUUGGCAGAAUGCCUUACAGGAGAUGUCGACCCAAUCAGGCUGCUCUUCGGCUCACCCAGCGCAAGCAAAAUCCUCGAAGAAUAUUACGGCCGCUCACCGAUGUUGUCAACUAUGACAAGCCAGUUGGUGACGUUGAUCACAAGCUCUUUGGGGGUUCCUGAACCGAAGACGACCUUGCGAAUCCUCGAAAUCGGUGCCGGGACCGGAGGCACGACAGCCGAACUCGCGGCACGUCUUACUGAUAUUGGCGUUAGGGUUGAGUACACGUUCACGGACGUUUCCUCCAGUAUGGUCGCAAAGGCCAAGAUAAAGUUCGCCCAGUACGGCUGGAUGUCGUUUGAGAGGCUCGACCUCGAGCAGCCUAUGCCGGCUCAUCUUCAAGGGAAGUUCGACAUUAUCAUUGGAACCAACUGCGUGCAUGCCACAAAGGACAAGGUGGCUACCACCCGCCGCAUCCGGACGAUGCUCAACAGCGACGGUUUCGUAGUCCUGUCCGAAGUGACCCGCAUUAUCGACUGGUAUGAUCUCGUCUUUGGCCUGCUCGAAGGCUGGUGGCUGGCCGAUGGGGGUUCCUCCUACCCGCUUCAGCCCCCAGAGGUGUGGAUGAAAGCAUUCCAAGAUGUUGGAUUUGCUUCUACUAUGUAUUCGCGGGGCAGUUCCGAGGACGCAAACACGCAGCACCUUCUCAUCGGCAGCAACCGUGUCGUUAACGGGUACCCUGCGUCUGCCCCUGUAGCUCCGGCGCUCGAGAAGAUGACAGUCGUGUACAAGGAGGUAGACGGGGUGCAAAUUGAGGCAGAUGUCUUCUGUCCAGCAUCGGCGCCAACGCAGCCCAUGGCCAUCGCACUCAUGCUGCACGGCGGCGGACACAUGACGCUUUCGAAACGAGCAAUCCGCCCCGCGCAGACGGCGCAUCUCCUGUCUAACGGGGUCUUGCCCAUUAGUCUGGACUACAGGCUAUGCCCUGAGAUCAAUGUCAUCGACGGCGCCAUGGCAGACGUCCGGGAUGGUUUCGUCUGGGCGAGAUGUAUGCUGCCGUCCAUUGUAGCGAGCAGGGGCAUCAUGCUAGAUACCGAGCGGAUUGUGGUCAUAGGCUGGUCAACUGGGGGUCACUUAGCCAUGUCUACCGCGUGGACGGUGGGAGAAGCCGGGGGCACACCGCCGAAAGCCGUCCUGUCGUUCUAUGCGCCGACCGACUUUCUCUCCAAGGAUGUGUUCCCGCGUCGCAGCACCGCACGUAUCCCGCACCGCAUGUCGCGAGACCAGAUCUUGCAGAUCGACGUCUCAGGAACGCCCAUCACGAACUACGACAUGCAAGGCGUGGAGGAUCCAGAGCUGGGCUGGGUUAAGUGGGGAGACGCGCGCUCCGAGCUGCUGCUCUCGCUCUUCAGAGAGUCCAGGGAGUACGGGCUGUCUCUCAUGCUCAACGGCGAGCCCGGCACGCGUAAAACCGUCCAGGAGCUCUUGUCGGAGCCGCCUACCUGGGAGAAGCAGGCAUCAAUGUGUCCGACUGCACAGCUGCGGGCCGGAGAGUACAAGGUGCCUACAUUCAUCAUUCAUGGUGAGGCCGACGACAUUGCUCUGUUCGAGUCGGCAUCGGAGUUACACCAAGAGAUGAAGCGGCAAGGCAUAAAAUCCGGGUUCGUGGCUGUAAAGAAUGGAUCGCACAUCCACGAUCUACGCCUGAAGCCUGGCAUGGCAAAAUGGGAGGAGCAAGUAGCUCCAGGCUAUCAGUUCUUAUUCGACAGCUUGAAAGACUGA